AUGGGAAAAGUGGUGACUCAUUUGCAAUUUAAAAACAAAUGGGAUCAUCUGAGAAAACAGUGGAAGGCUUGGAAGGAGUGUUUUGACCGUGAGACUGGGUUGGGUUAUGAUUCUGUAACUGGCAAGCUUGAGGCCAGUGAUGAGUGGUGGACCCAAAAGAUUGAGUCCAUGGGAAUCAUGUUUGACGGCACAGUUGCAACAGGGAAAAAUGUAUUCUGUACAAGUGUUGAAAUACCAAAGGAAAGCAUUGAAGGGUCUGGGGACUUUGCUGAUAACAAAGAAUUUGUUGACCCCCAAUGUCAACCCUCUACGAAUGUUGACCUAAUGGAGGUUGAAGGCCCAUCAUCAUCGAGGGCAGGACCGGCAGUGAAUAAGGGGAAAGGCUUGAACAUCUCAGAUGUUAUUGUUGAAAGUAGAAGUGUAAGUACUCGUACACCAUUUGCUUCUAUAGCAGCUGUUGAGGUUCAAGCAGUUCUGGACAUGGUGUUGAGCCUACUUGGGGUUAUUGGUAUCCUCACUGAAACAUAUUUAGCCUUGUUGAUGAACUGGGAAUUAAGCCAUUCACAAAUUGGAUAA